CGCAGCACCGCCACACGAAGAUUUGUCCAGUAUCAAUAAUAUUAUUUAAUUUAUAAAUCGUUCGACAUGAGUGCGCCGGCUUUUACAACAAUCCUCGUUUUGAGCCUUGUUUGUUUCUGUCAUGGCUACUUACCUGUUGUCAUGUGGCACGGAAUGGGUGACAGUUGUUGCUUUGGCCUGUCCUCCAUAAAACACAAGCUGAACGAGACGCUGCCGGGUAUUUACGUGGUCUCCCUCAAAAUCGGCUCGUCGGUUAUCGUCGAUGUGGAAAACAGCUACUUCCUGCACCCCGACAAACAGAUCAACCAGGUCUGCAAGCUACUGAAAGCCGAUCCGAAACUCCGUGACGGCUUCAACGCCAUCGGUUUCUCGCAAGGAAGCCAAUUCAUACGUGGUUUGGUGCAGAGAUGCGGCGACUUGAAGGUGAAGAAUUUAAUCACGUUGGGCGGACAGCACCAAGGGGUAUAUGGGUUGCCUAAUUGUGGAUCGCUUUCUCAUCCGGCUUGCGACUAUGUCCGGCAGUUGUUGAAUUACGCCGCUUACUUUAGCUGGGUGCAAAAGAGGCUGGUACAAGCAACCUACUGGCACGAUCCGUUGAACGAAGAACUAUACAAAAAGUCCAGUACGUUCCUUUCGGACAUCAACAACGAACAACAACUGAAUUUGGACUACAUCAAGAGGAUUCAGAGUCUGGACAACUUCGUUAUGGUCAAAUUUGAGAAUGACACCAUGGUACAACCCAUAGAAAGCGAGUGGUUUGGAUUCUACAAACCGGGACAAUCCAAAGAAAUUGAGAGUUUGGAACAAACUUCUUUGUACAUUGACGAUCGAUUGGGCUUGCAGAAAUUGAAGGAAGAAAAUCGAUUGAAGUUCUUGUCACUACCUGGUAAUCAUCUGCAGUUCGAGUGGCCGUGGUUCGUUGAGAAUAUUGUCGAGCCGUUCCUGAAGAACUGAAAAUGUAUAUUUUCCUCGAAUAAGACUGUUGUAUUGUUUCUUGUACAUAAAAGAGUGUUUGCAACAAACCAUUGUCGUUUUAUAAAAAGCUUAGAUUAAAAGAGAUGAUUUUAUAA